AUGACUGAGAAUUCACAAUUAUCUACGCCUACGGAGGAUAGUGGCACGUCCACAUCAGGCUCCAUCAGUGCAGGAGACACUGCUGCGACCGAGUUUAAGGUGUAUAAGCCUCCAAAUUCAUCAACGACCAGCGCUCCUUUAGAAGAACUGCCAGACUCCUACUUUACCCCAUCUCCUGCUGACCUGAAGGCUGCCCAAGCAACAUUAAGCGCCCGGACACGAUCACUAGUUGAUGCCCCACUACAAGUACGAGCUCAGCGAGAGGCAGCAGAGACGUCAAAGAGAGAUCGAUGGCCCAAUACAACGAUACGUGUCAGAUUCUCUGAUCGAACACAGCUGGAGAGGAUUUUCCCCUCUACGGACAAAAUUCGCUCUGUGUACGCUUUUGUGCGCUCGUCCCUCCGGGAUGACGUCAAACCUAUCAAGUUCAUAUUAUAUCAAUCUCCUCCCAAGCGAGACCUGAAGGUAUCAGAUCCAAAUGUCCGUGAUCUAAGCUUGGCACAACUGCAUCUUGCCCCAUCAUCAGUACUUCUUCUGCGUUUCGAAGAUGAAUCUUUGAAUGGCACGACUGUCCCCGCACCCCUGUUGCCAUCCAUUCUAGCAAACGCGAUCGAGCUACCGAAACCCCCCAGUGCUGACGCCGAGCCUCUCAAGGCGGAGAAGCCUGAUAGUACACCUCCCACAACAACGUCAAGUACAAGUGCUGGGAAGAAGAUACCCAAGUGGCUGAAGGCAGGUUUAAAAAAGUGA